AUGAACACUGUCGAAGAUUCAAAUACAGAUAGAGUAAUUGAGGACUGGAUGGGCAUAAUGAAGUCUGAUCUGAAGAAAACAAUUGAUCAAGCUUCUAUGCAUUACAAUUUUGACUUUUCCCGGGACUUGCCUUUAUCUCACACGUCAUCAAAUAUCCGAUGGGAUUUCGAUGACCUACCUAAGAAAGAGAGCUUAAUAAAGCGAAGCAACCCAAGAGCAAUUUUAUUAGCAGUAGACAAUUUUGUGAGUAAAUAA